GCCUGAGAUUGCAUUUGGAGGCUGGAACAGACUUGCGUAAAUCAUUGAGCAAUCUCUUUUUGCCUGUGAAAUCCACAGCUCUCUUCUCUCUGUGUGUGGGUUUGUGUGUAAUAGUUUCAGUCUCCAGUUUCCACGUGUGUUUGGCGGUUCACGGUAAUGAAGAAAAAAUGCAUGUAAUAAACCAAAUCUGUGUUCUACUUCUGUGGAUGCAUGCGCUGACCUUCGCACAGGUUCCAGACUGUACACUUGAACAGUUUAUAAACGGACCCCAGUUUAAUCCAAAUUUUGACACAACCGGGCUUCAUUCCAGCUACCCUGCUGGAAAACAAAUUAGAGUGGGCUGCAAUAUUGGCUACAGUGGCUUUUUCAGACUGACCUGUCUCGAGGGAGGUUGGGUGUCUAAAGGAACUGUAUGUCAACCAAAAUCAUGCGGCCAUCCCGGCGAUGCCCAAUUUGCAGAUUUUAAUCUGGAAAUAGGAGACGAUUUUGUCUUUGGGUCAAAAGUUGUAUACACCUGCCACAAAGGUUAUCAAAUGGUCAGUCGCACAAACCAUCGGAAUUGCAUGAAUGAAGGCUGGGAUGGUGUGAUACCUGUCUGUGAAGCCCAACAGUGCCCAGUGAUUCAUGUGGACAGUAAUGUCCAGGUGAAUGGAGACCUAGAGGAAGCGACCUAUGGCAAUGUAGUUCGGUUCAGCUGCAAGUCCAAAAGUGACAUCCUGUCAAACCCUAGAACAGCAGAGUUGUAUUGUGAUGAAAAUGGAGAGUGGAGUGGCCAACCUCCAAAAUGCAUAGAGAUUAAAUGUACAGUACCUCAGAUUGAAAAUGGUUAUGUGACUGACAGGAAUAUCCAAGAGUACAAAGAACAUGAAAUCCUGCUCUUUGAGUGUAAUGAUCGAUAUAAACGCACUGAAGAAAGAGCCGCAAAAUGCACAAAAGUAGGAAUGAGAGCAGAGUGGACCCCCACACCUGCGUGUGAACCAAUAAUAUGUAAAGUAAAUCUGCCGCCAGUCGAGGGAACCAGGUAUGAAUCUGUUUCCAGAAAUGUGUUUUCACCUGGUGAGACACUGAAAGUCAUUUGUGGAGAAAAGUACGGGAUUUCUAACAAUCAGGAAUCAGCAGUAACUACAUGCAAUGAAAAGGGAGAGUGGACUAUCAGAGCAGUAUGCACAGAGGUUGUGUGCGGCAAUGAAAGACCAGAACAUGUGUAUUCCUGGGAGGUCAAAUGGUGGCAACAAUCAAAAAUGGGUGAGACUACAAGAUAUAGUUGUGAGGCAGGCUACGUGAAAACAGCCAACCGGGCCACAUGCACCAGACAUGGAUGGACACCAAAUCCACUCUGUGGAGAAAUAACAUGCGCCAGACUGGAUGUCCCGACGGCAGAUGUUAUCAGCGAAUACAAGUGGACAUACCGCUACAAUGAACAUGUCCGUUAUGCCUGCAAGGACGGUUAUCAAGGAGAAUUCACUCUGACGUGUGGAGAAACUGGUUGGCAUGGGAAGCCAAGGUGUACAGAAAUAACAUGCAAGAAAAAGACUUUUCGAGAGGCAGAUAUUGUUGACAGUGACAACCCGACAUACCGCUUCAAUGAACAGGUCGGUUAUCGCUGCAAGGGUGGUAAUCGAGAACGAUUCACUCUAACCUGUAGAGAAGAUGGUUGGAUCGGGAGUUCACCGUGUACAGAAAUAACAUGCAACAGAAAGACUUUUCGAGAGGCAGAUAUUGUUGACAGUGACAAGCCGACAUACCGCCACGAUGAACAGGUCAGUUAUCGCUGCAAGGGUGGUAAUCGAGAACGAUUCACUCUAACCUGUGGAGUAAAUGGUUGGAUCGGGAGUUCACCGUGUACAGCUACAUGUCUAAAGCCUGAAGUUCCAAAUGGAUUUGCAGUUGGCCCAUUCAACAACACAACAAUAUACUACACCUGUAAUGAAGGGUUUAAGCUUUUCACCAACAAAGGCUGGUGGGCUGAGGCCAAAUGUAAUGACAUACUUCAACCAUGCAUUGAGAACGCAAACUGUGGAGAAACUCCUGUGAUUCCAAAUGGAAAAUUGGUUCCUCAACAAAGGCAAAGCCAAACGGCAAUCCAAGCUGAGGUUAUUUGCAACAAAGGAUACAGCUCUCAGAUUGAAUACUAUGAUUGCAUCAGGGGGAAAUGGAUUCCAAAUGGAAAGUCAACUAAAGACAUUUGUAAACCAACUGCCAAUCUCUGCAAACUCCCACCUAAAGUUGAGAAUGCAGUUGUUCAGACAUCUUAUCAGAAGGAAUACUUGUCUAACUCGACAGUAACUUAUCAGUGCCGGGAUGGCUAUGGUAUGGAGGGAGAAGCCACGAUUCAAUGCAUUAAUGGGAAAUGGGAGAAGAAGAACUUGACAUGCACAGCACAUCCUCAGUUAGUCUCGGUCACUGCCCAGCUGCUUGUCCAAAUGCAGUUACCAUUAAUCCUUUUGUUUCUCCAGCUGUGGGGGAACGUGGAGGUUUCUUUAUCACAGAAUGCAUGUCCAAAUCUCCCAGUGGUUCCUCACGCUCAUGUGUCAGAAGCGACCAAAAAAGCUGUGUACCAACAAGGAAACGUAGUCCAUUUCGUUUGUGACACUGGUUAUACAUCGUUCCCACCCAUCAAAUAUGCAUGUACAGAGAAUGGCUGGUCAUUAAUCAGUCGGGGAAGAUGCCAGCUAAAGCCAUGUGUACUUCCCGAUGACACCCCCAAUGGCUAUUACCAAAUAAUCAGCGGGGAGGAGUUUGUUUUUGGAACAACAGUCAAAUACUUUUGUAAUGAAGGGUAUCACAUGGUAAGUAAGGAAGACACCAGGACUUGUAUGCUGGACAAAUGGACCAAUCAUGUGCCAACAUGUGAUCCUUUGAGCUGCGACCCCCCGCUUGCAGAUGGAGGGGUUAUAGUGAAAGGUUUACCAGAUAAUGACGAGCCCAUUCUUCCUGACCGCCUCCUCAAAUUCAGCUGUGAAGGACCUGGGAAAUAUCUGAAUGGAAGUUCAGUGCUGAGAUGUGGCCAAGAUGGACAGUGGAAUCAUCCAUUCCCCACUUGUGAAAAUGAAACCAAACAGGAGGAGGGGUGUCGGCUAAAUUGUGAUCCAGCUUCAGGUUGUGGGACACCACCUCACAUUGCAGAUGCAGACACCAAGGGAACUCCUAAGUCCCAGUACUCAAAUGGAGAAAGUGUUGAAUAUAUGUGCCAGAAUUAUUACACUAUGGAGGGCGAUCCUUACCAGACGUGCACCGAUGGUAAAUGGACCGGACAGAUGAAAUGCCUCAAACCCUGUACUGUGGAUAGAGAGCUCAUGAACAGAUAUAAUAUUGCCUUCAAAUAUGGUCAUCAGGAUAAACUGUAUUCACCCCAUCUUGAUUGGAUAGGGUUCACUUGCACUAAAGGAAGACAUACCGGCACAGUUAAUCUGCGUCAGCAAUGUAUUGAUGGUGUGAUGAACCUGCCCACUUGCCAAUCGUGUUCAAAGCUUCCAGAUGUUCCUCAUGCCCAUUUGUCAAAAGAGUACCAAGAAGGAGAAGUGAUUAAUUUCACUUGUGAGCCUGGUUAUACUACACCCAGUCCAUCAAUCAGCUAUGCAUGCUCCAGCGACGGCUGGCUGACAGUGAAUCCGGGAAUGUGCAACAAGCAACCUCCUUCAGAUUGUGGGACACCACCUCACCUUGCAGAUGGUGACACCAGGGGAACUCCUAAGUCCCAGUAGAUAAAUGGAGAAAGGGUUGAAUACAUGUGUCAGAAUUAUUACACUAUGGAGGGCGAUCCUUUCCAAACCUGCAUCGAUGGUAAAUGGACCGGACAGAUCAGAUGCCUCAAACCCUGUACUGUGGAUCGAGAGCUCAUGAACAGACAUAAUAUUGCCUUCAAAUAUGGUCAUCAGGACAAGCUGUAUUUAGUCCAUCUGGAUUGGAUAGCGUUCACGUGCACUAAAGGAAGACAUACCAGCACAUUGACCAUGCGUCAGCAAUGCAUUGAUGGUGAGGUGAACCUGCCCACCUGCCAGUAAAGGUUGUAGUGAUUAACUGGAUGUGAUAAAUAUGACCUGGCUGGACGCACAUGUAAACGAUGUAAAACGAACAAGAAUUACAGUUAUUGACUGAUUUACUGUAACUACUUCAGUUCUGUCAACUGAGACAGUUUUAAUAAAACAUACAUGUUCA